GCCAGCACCCUGCAACGCAACCGUCUGAACCAGGCAGACGCACACCCAGUCCACCCUCCACCGCGCCACCAUGUCGCUCGAGAAUCUGCUGCCCCUAGAACUCAUUGACAAAUGCGUGGGUUCACAGAUUUGGGUCAUUAUGAAUGGCGGAAAAGAGUUUACGGGCAAACUAGUCGGAUUUGACGACUAUGUCAACAUGGUGCUGGAGAAUGUGACGGAGAUUGACCCAGCCGAGGGCAAUGUCAAACUACCCAAGAUCCUGCUCAACGGCAACAACAUUUGCAUGAUGGUUCCUGGAGGAGAUGGCCAAACCGUGCUCGAGGAGGAAUAGCGCCACGGGGAAGCAGCGUCGAGGAGUGGACCAGCUGAUGUACAAACGGCUGUAUUAUGGUCUGCCAUGACGAGUCCACGGCUAGCAGUGCCGGGACCAUUGACAGGCAGGCUUUCGACUCCAGGUACAGCAGACGGUAGCAAAGUAAUGCAUAGCAUGCAUCCGUAUACAAUGCGAGUGGGAAUCUAUGUCCCUGACGGCACGUGACCGAGGCGGCGAAGCAGCGAGUGAGGCACAUGUAUAUAGAUAUGUAGUCGUACAUGGACAUGUGUACAGUAUGCAAGGCACCCGACGGCGAGCAGGGCGUGGGCGUGGGCGUGGGCGUGGGCGUGGGCGGUGGUCACGAUGUUCAGUGGAGAAAAUUCAGGCGUGGCUGAUGACAUGGGC